AGCGUUGCGGACGGCGAGCCGGAGUCAUUUCACCGCCGCGCCGCGUCCCAAAGGCUGCAGGAUGUGGCUGCUGUCAGCGCUGGUUCCCCUCCUCAGGCUGUAUCUGUGUGGGAUCAGAGUUCUGCUCUAUCAAAUGUUCAACCGAUCCUUUGAGAUGCCAGUCCUGCCCAAGCAAAAUGGCCGGGUCGCCAUAGUGACCGGGGGUACCAGAGGGAUGGGCUUUGAGACUGCCAGACGCCUGGCGAGCCUUGGGAUGCAUGUCAUCAUAGCUGGGAACGAGACAGAAGAGGGCGCUGAAGCCGUCAGGAGGAUAAAUGAAGAGUGCAGCAAAGGGAAAGCCGAGUUCAUCUUUGUGGAUCUGACCUCCCUGAAAUCUGUCAGGCAGUUUGUCCAGAUGUUCCGAGACAGAGGCCUGCCGCUGCAUGUCCUCAUCAACAACGCUGGGGUCAUGCUGGUUCCCGAGAGACGGACGGACGACGGCUUCGAGUUCCACUUCUGCCUGAACUACCUGAGCCACUUCCUGCUGACCAACCUGCUCCUGGACCUGCUGAAGGAGUCCGGGAGGCCGGGCCGCAGCUCCAGAAUCGUCAACAUGGCGUCUGCCACGCACUACGCAGGAGAGGUCAACCUGGAGGACCUGAACAAGAGGACCGUCUACAGCUCCCAUGCCGCGUACUCCCAAAGCAAGUUGGCCCUGGUCCUCUUCACCUACUAUCUUCAGGAGCAGCUGACGGCCGGGGGCUUCGCCGUCACCGUGAACGCUGUGGACCCUGGGAUGGUGGACACGGCGUUGUACGACAACCUCUGGACCUUAGCACGGAUGAUGAAAAAACCUGUGGCCAAUAUCCUGUUCAGGACUCCAGCAGAGGGAGCCUCCGUAUCGGUGUACGCCGCAGCUGCCUCGGAGAUGGAAGGGGUGGGCGGCUGCUACCUGUACAACGGUCGGAAGACGCAGUCCUCCGACCUGUCCUACGACACGGAGCUGCAGGCCAAGCUGUGGAAGAAGAGCUGCCAGCUCGUGGGACUCCAGGGGUUCUGACACCGCCUGCUCGGGCCUUUUACAUUGGUCCACGUCUGUCUUACUGUGCAUAUCAGACUGCCAGCUUUAUCUUCUAAAGCUCCACCUUUACUCUCUAUAUAGAACCACCACAGCAGGAAACGGUUUCUAUCAACAGCUCUGCAGAGACUAAAUAAAAAAACAAACUCUUUCUAAAGAGGAAGCAGUGACGUCCCAACAUUAACGCAACCCAAUGAGAUUUCCUAAUCUGACUGGGUUCGACUAAUCAGAGCGACUUGACCUUUCACUGUGAAACAGUCCAACCUCCUGAUGAUGUGAAUGUAAUAGCUCUCAAUAGCUCUCCAGAGUUGGAGUCCACUGUAUUGCAUAUAAGACCACCCUUCACCCCCCCUGAAGCCUUUACGGUCUUAUCUUUCCUCCUUUGAUUGGAGAUCCUGUUGCCUUAAAGUGACUGCCAUCAUGUUGCCUGGACUUUGACCCACUUGCCUUCAUUGCGAAUGAGGUUUCAGCUUUUGAGUCGAGGUCUGGACUCUGACGUGUCGAUUCUGUGUUUUCACCCACUCCGUUGUAGAUUUCUUGCCGUGUCACGUUAAUGACCCGUUUCGACCCAUCUUGUCAGACUGCCGGCUGCGCAUUUUUCGGAAACCAGAAUCCGGCUUAAUCGGCAAGUGGCAAGGAAUUUGACGUUUGACUCCAAAGCACAGGAAGCUUCGUCCUAUGGUUCUAGUACUCCUUUUUAAAAUCUUGGGUGGGUCUGUAGCGCCUGCUGGUUCUCCACCCAAACACUAGGGGGCAGCAGGGUUCCUGUAGUGCAAUUUGAACUUCUAAAAACCCACUAACAAGCCUGAGUUAAUACAUUAGUUAGAGACAGGUUAUGCUGGUUGGUGGAUUGGUGAAGCGAAGGGCCGAACCUCUGUAUUGAACGAUUCAGUUUUGCCUUUUUUUUUAAAUGUGCCUCGGUUAUCAUGUUAAAAUGUUUUCACACAACAAUGGGAAAAGUGACCUAAACCUCUGUUGUCCAGUUUGCCACAAACCUUGCAGUAGACGCCUCAAACAUGUGGAAGAAGGUGACCCGACCUGAACUUUUAGGGGGCGACGGUGGCUGCACCAUGCUGUGGGGGUGGUGGUCUUCCACAGAGCUAGAUAGGACAUUCUCAGAGUUGGUUUGGGGGUUGGAGCUAGUUUAGCUUAAUAUAUAUUUGUGUGAAUAUGUGCAACCUUUCCUCAGAAGUUGAAUGUUGUCUUCCUGGUAUCAUCAUGAAGGGGAGGCCACAGAGAAGCAGGAACUCUACCCUGAGUCCUGCUCAUCAUUAGAAGAUGGAGUUCAGAACUUCCUGCCGAUUGCUCUCAUCUGGAUUCCUUUAGAAAUGUGGUUACCCUGCAGAGCAGCUCUCAAUAUGUCCAUUAUUUCUCUCAUU